AUGGUGGAGAACUCCAACAACAGCAAAACUCAGAUGGAGGGCAGUUUGGGGGGCAGUGUUUACCCCCAGGGAGGUUCGGCGGGGGUGAAGCUGGAGGCCGUGAUGGAGCACUUGCAGCGGCAGCAGCAGGCGCGUCUGGAGAUGGAGCGGAACGAGCGGCGCCUGCGCGACGCCCGGAUCAUGUACGCCCAGCAGGUGGCGGCGCAGCAGGCCAUCCUGGCGGCGGCCAGAGCCUCGGCCCUGGGUCACGGCGCCAAGCCUCGGGGCCACGCCGGCGCUUCGGAACGGCCCGAGGAGGCGGGGCGGGGGCGCGACGAGGAGGACGACGCCGAUAACGACGAGGAGGACGACGCCAUGGAGGCCGAUGACUUCAGCGAGGAGGAGGAGGAGGAGGACGAGGACGGCCCGGUGAGCGGGUUAGAGUUCCUGAGGAAGCAGACGCUCGCCCUGCAGCAGGGCGCCAUCAGGCAGUUCGGGGUGCUCUCCGGGACCGCCGCCGGGGCGCCGACACACAGGGACGCACCCUCGCCCGUCAGGGUCAAACAGGAGCCCAGGGAUGAUCUUUCACCCACGGGGCCGCAGACGGGCGUGUCUCCCGACGGCCAGGCGGACUGGGGCUACGAGGAACACUUCAAACAGAACGGCAGUGCUGCUGUAUGGGGGGAGGAAUCUGAUGGGAACAGAGCCAGAGGAGAAGCUUCCAGAGAUUUCGCCAAGUUGUACGAGUUGGAUGGUGACCCGAACAGGAAGGACUUUCUGGACGAUCUGUUUACGUUCAUGCAGAAGAGAGGAACCCCGGUGAACAGAAUCCCCAUCAUGGCGAAGCAGGUGCUGGACCUGUACCGCCUCUAUAAGCUGGUGACGGAGAAGGGAGGACUGGUGGAGGUCAUCAACAAGAAGAUCUGGAGAGAGAUCACCAAGGGUCUGAACCUGCCCACGUCCAUCACCAGCGCCGCCUUCACACUCCGCACACAGUAUAUGAAGUACCUGUACCCGUACGAGUGUGCACGUAAAGGUCUGAGCUCCCCCGGUGAACUGCAGGCCGCCAUCGACAGCAACCGCCGCGAGGGCCGCCGCCCCAGCUACAGCAGCAACCUGUUCCGCUUCAGCCCCAGCUCCGCCCCACACAUUCUCCCCUCUCCCAAGAUGCACCUGGCCGCCCUGAAUGGCCUGCAGGCGUCGCUGGCGUCCUCGCUGAAAAUGAGCUUAGUAGAGGGCUCCCCGUCCAUGUUGGUGGCGCGCUCCCCGGCCGUCGCCCUGGCUUUAGGGCCGCAGGUGGCGAACCUGGCGCGGGCGGCCACACUAGAGCAGCUGAGGGAGAAACUGGAGACGGGCGGCGGGCUCGGGGCCCCUGAGGGCCCGGAGAGGAAGAUGGCACGGCUGGCCGAGGAACAGCAGAGGCUCAUGCAGCAGGCGCUCCAGCACAACCUGCUGGCCAUGGCGUCCCACAUGCCCAUGAACCUGCGGCUGGGGGCCACACCGAGGGAAGAUAAACGUGACCUGAACCUGAGCAUUUCCACCACCGGGGGCGCCAGUGUCAGUGUAUCAGUGGAGGUCAACGGCGUCCAGUACUCAGGAACCCUCUUUGCUCAGAAGUCGGGCUCUUCUGCCCCCAGCGUUUCCUCCGCUGCCCCCAACAUGACCUUCAGCUUCCCCGGCCACAGCCCGUCCUCCUCCGCCUCGUCCUCCAAGGGCCCCAGCUCGGCCGAGCCCUCCACCAGCGGCUCACCGUAA